AUGCACGGGAUUCCGGUGGCGGUCAAGGACCAAAUCAAGACCAAGGGCAUACUGACCACCUGGGGCUCCAGGAUACUGGAGGACUACGUGCCCGACGAGGAUGCCACGGUGAUCGCCAACCUGAAACGCUCCGGGGCGAUACUGCUGGGCAAGCACAACAUGAGCGGAUUCGCCAUGGGCGACGGCUCCGACCACCCCUACGGCACUCCCAGGAACCCCUGGUCCCUGGAACACAGCCCGGGCGCCACCAGCAGCGGCUCCGGGGCCGCCACCGCCGCUUCCCUGUGCGCCACCUCCCUGGGAGAAGACACCACCGGGUCCAUCAGGGGUCCCUGCUUCGUUUUGCGGGGUCGUUGGGAUAAGGCCGACCUACGGAAGGGUUAG